CUAGAGAGAGAGAGAGAGAGAGAGAGAGAGCAUUAGAUGGGUGAGAAGAAGCCUCUUCCCUCUUCUCAUGUUUCACUGAUACCAAUACACUUAGCUGCAGUAGUAGCAGUACUAGUAAUAAUAGUAACAAUAAUAGUGGAGGGAGUAGUAGUGUGUGAGGGUACAAGUGAGGAGAAAAAUGGCCUUUACAGGCUGAGCAAGCUAGAGAUGUUUGUGGAUGAGCUGCCGGACAUGCCCAAGCUUCAAGGCUUCCGCUUCGACGCCGCCGGUGCUCCGGUCGCCGGUAAUCUCACCAUCGGCAUGUAUGACACCACUUGGAAAUUUCAUCGUGAUCUCCCGCCCUCCCGGGUUUUCGCCUACGGCACGUCCAGAGAAACUGCCACGGUCCCCGGCCCCACCAUCGAGGCCCUCCGGGGUGUCCCCACCCACAUCACCUGGACCAACCACCUCCCGUCCCGCCACUUCCUCCCGUGGGACCCCACCAUCACCACCGCCUCCCCUCGCUCCGGCGUCCCCACCGUCGUCCACCUCCACGGCGGCAUCAACCCCCCUUCCUCCGACGGCAACGCCCUCGCCUGGUUCACCUCCUCCCUCUCCUCCACCGGCCCUCACUUCUCCUCGCCUAUUUAUUUCUACCCCAACGCUCAGCCCCCGGGCAAUCUCUGGUAUCAUGACCACGCGAUGGGCCUGACGCGCGUAAACCUCCUCGCCGGCCUGAUCGGCGCCUACCGCGUCUCCGGCCCCGAGGAGGCGGCGCUGGGCCUCCCGUCGGGCCACGAGUUCGACCGGCACAUCGUCCUCUUCGACCGUGCGUUCCGCGCCGACGGCGCGCUCUACAUGAACGCCACCGGCGACAACCCGGGGAUCCACCCGCAGUGGCAGCCCGAGUACUUCGGCCCCGCCGUCGUCGCCAACGGCAAGGCCUGGCCCUUCCUCCGCGUCCGCCGCCGCCGCUACCGCCUCCGCAUCCUCAACGCCAGCAACGCCCGCUUCUUCCGCCUCUCCCUCUCCAACGGCCUCCCCUUCGUCCACGUGUCCUCGGAUUCCGUGUACCUCCCGAGGCCCGAAGCUUCCAGAAGCUUCCUCCUCGGCCCCUCCGAAUUCGCCGACGUCGUCGUUGACUUCGCGAAGUCAACCUCCGACGACGUCAUCCUCCGCAACGACGCGCCGUACCCGUACCCGUCGGGGGAUCCGACGGACGAGCUGAGCGGGCGGGUGAUGAAGUUCGUGAUCCGACGGCGGAGGGAGCGCAGGCGCGACCCGUCCCGUGUCCCGCGGUCGCUGCUACGGUAUCCCGCGGCCGACGUGGCGGAAUCGGCGCGGACGAGGUACAUCACGAUGUACGAGUACGAGAGCGCCACGGGGGACCCGACGCACCUCUACCUGAACGCGAAAUCGUAUGGCGACCCCGUGACGGAGACGCCGGGGGAAGGGACGGCCGAGAUUUGGCGCGUGAUCAAUCUGACGGACGACAACCACCCGCUGCACAUCCACCUGGCUGUGUUCGCGGUGCGGGAGCAGCGGGAGCUGGUGGACGUGGAGGGCUUCAAGGAGUGCAUGAUGAGGGCCAACGACGCCGUGCGGUGCCGCGUGGGGCGGCACGCGGUGGGGCGGCGCCGCGCGGUGCCGCCGUGGGAGCGCGGGUGGAAGAACGUCUUCAAGAUGCGUCCCGGGUUCGUGACCGAGAUCCUGGUCCGGUUUAAGCCGCUCGGAGGGACGGAGCGGACGUAUUCAUUCGACGCCACCGCCGAGCCCGGCUACGUCUACCAUUGCCAUAUCUUGGAUCAUGAAGACAAUGAGAUGAUGAGACCAUUUAAGCUUGUGCAUUGAUUAAAUAAUCGUGCGCUAUUUGGAUCUCCAAGUUUUGCUCAGGUGUAAUCGAUCGAUGGUUCAUGUUGCCUUUGUUGGUAAAAUCAAAAACUUAAUUAUUUACCGUAUUUUUCUCAGUAUAUACUUAAUAAAGGGAGUACAUAGAAGGGCAAAUUGUACAUUUACCACUGUAGUGUUUGAUAUGAUGAUGCUGCAUGGGUUACAUUCAAAUUAAGUUUCUCCUAUAUCAUCUAGAAAAUUUUCAUGGCGUUA